UUUUUUUUGUAAUUUGUCCUUUUUUUUUUUGUUUUUUUUUUACCCUUCCAUUGUUGUAGUCUCAACAAAACAAUUUUACAACCCAUGUCGUAUUUUCGAUCUAUCAUUUCAAACACACUCCGUUCUUCAAAUGUAUUGAAACAGCCCAUAGUGCAAAAAGGUAGACAAAGCUAUUUACCAAUUUUAUUACAAGCACGUCGUACUUUUGUUGCUGCACCUACUUCCGAGACACCCCCUACCAGCCUUCCACUUCAGAAAGAAGAAAAGGCGUUACCACCACCUCCUUCCUCCGAUAAAGAUCCUCGUCAUGACAUGUUUUUUGCCACUUUACCUUUUAUUCCACAGUAUGGAUGGUCCAUGGAAAGUUUAAUUCAUGGAGCUCGUACUUUGGGUUACCCUUCUGUAGCUCAUGGUAUGUUCCCAGGGGGAGAAGCAGGUUUAAUUGAUGCUUAUUUGUCUUAUCAACGUAAAGCAUUUGCUGAUUUAGUAAAGGAAAAGUAUUUGAAAGGCGAAUUUGAAGGAUUAUCAAUGAAUGAACGUGUUAAAGUAUUAACAACACUUCGUUUAGAUAUGAAUAAGCCUUAUAUUAAGAAAUGGCCAGAGGCACUUGCUAUUAUGGCACGUCCUUCUAACAUGAAUAUGUCUUUAAAACAUUUAGCAGAUAUUGCAGAUGAUAUUUGGUAUUAUGCAGGCGAUAAAAGUUCUGAUAUGAAUUGGUACACUAAACGUGGAUCAUUAGCAGCUAUUUAUAGUGCAGCUGAUUUAUUUAUGACACAAGAUCAAAGUGAAAACUUUAUGGAAACAGAAAAGUUUUUGACUAGAAAAUUAGAACAAGCUGCUUGGUUAGGAUCUUCUGCACGUCAGGUAUAAAUUAGAUUGAAUUUAUUAUGACUUGUUUUAUUUAUGUGGGUAAUUUAGUUGGGUUCAAUGUUAACAUUUGGAGCAAAAAGUAUGAUAAGUGUCCUGGCUAAUGUAAAUAUAUAUAUGUAACUACACAUACGGCAUAUACAUACCUAUUCUCAUAUUCUAUUUUAUUGUAGCGUGGAGGUCGAUAUUAAUAUAUAAACAGUGGCCUUAUAUAAGUUUAGCAUAUGCAUAUAAAUAGAUAUAUGUAUAUAUAUGUAUAUGUGUAUACAUAUAUAAUUAUUUUAUUAUAAUUUAAUCAAGCAAUAAACUACACUUAUUUUUGUACUUAUUUAUAAGGAUUAUA